CAUCUACAGCCAAUAUUUAUGAUAAUAUAUAUAUUAAUGUAUAAUGUAAUUCUCUGUAGAAUGUUACCUAUUCGGGUGGAUCCCUGACAUAAUUAGCUAGGUGUACAGAGGGGCCGGAGGGGACAAAAACGUAACAUACUGACGUCAUACCGGCAAAACAGUAGUGCGGGAUAUAAUGCUCAAAAGGAUUCUGAGAUGUCAAGUUCGAUGAGCUUUCUGAAAUCUGGAUCUUUGAUCUUCAAUCUUCUGGUGUUUUUGGCCGGGGCAGCCUGUACGGCUUUAGGGGUGUACAUCCUAGUAUCAGACUAUGGACCGAGAGAAUUGUCCGGAGUCCUGGGGAAUGAGCUGUACCAUAUCGCGGCCUAUGUCGCCAUCGCAGGGGGCGCUUCUAUCGCCGUCAUCUCACUUUGUGGUUGUGUGGGUGCUGCCAAAGAAAGCAAGGUCAUGCUGGCCAGUUAUUCUGUUUUGAUGACGAUUGUAUUCGUCGUAUUACUAACAACCUCAGUGCUAGUUUUCCUGUUCCUUGGUCAGACGUCACAUCAGACGAGGGAAUCGAUGAAGACCGUCCUAAUAGAGAAGUAUGGCGUCAACCAACAGGAUCCUGAAAAUCGCGUGGUGACGGAGAUGUGGGACUUCCUACAGAAACAGUUGAAGUGUUGCGGUGUUUCUGGAGACGCCAAUUCCACAGACUCCUGGGCAAUCUACAAAAUAAAGUCGGAAUGGUUCAGAACCAAGGAAUCCGAUGGUCAGUUAGUCCCGGAGAGCUGCUGUAACCCGGAUGGGGAUCUAGCAAUGUGUAACAAAGCCUCCUCCUUCCAGGGCCCUCCAAAUAAUGACCCUCCAUUUAUCGGUCCCUAUAGGAAAAACCCUUACAUGUACCAUACGGGGUGUUAUGAUGAAAUUGUUCACUACAUACAAGGCCACGCCCUCAUGAUUGGUGGAAUUGCUAUAGCCGCCAUUGUUGUCAUGGUAACUGCACGCUUAUUACCAGUUCUAAGUUAUAUCUCUAAUCAAUCUGUGAGUCUUAUUACGACUUAGCCUCGGUAAUUGAUCUUUUUAUUUCUCUUUUGCAGCUUUUUGGAGUCAUAUUCGGGGUGUGUUUAUGUCGGUCCAUACGAAGUCGAGGCUAUAGAUAUUAAUAUUUAUUUACAAUACAAAUAUGUUUUAUAUAAGUUUACUCAUAAUAAAGACAUUCUUUUUAUAAUUAAUGUUUCACAAGUUUUCUUUUUGGUAUGAAUUUGUUUCCCGUUGUGUUAAAAAUAUCUUUUCAUACGGAGUCGAGAAUGC